AUGGUGACUGUACAUGUAAAGAGAUUUCCGGCGGAAUGUCCGCGGUGCGGAAUGCCCAAGGGGGACGAACUCCCGUCAGACGAAGAAGGGGACCUUCAGGACUUUCCUCCUGUUCGUGAAGCGGAGUAUGGAAGUGAGGACUCACACAAGAUGCCCUCGCUUCGCGAAGCACGUUACGGAGAAGAGGGCAGUGAGGACUCGGACGACUUGCCUUCUCUUCUCGAAGGGGGAAGUGAGGAGGGGAAUAGCAGGGACUACGACGACUUGUCAGAACUCCCUUCCCUUGUCGAGGGAGAAGAUGAUAACGAGAGCAUCGAAAACGGUGACCACUCACAAGAACUUCCUUCCCUUGUUGGGGAGUCGGACGAAGAAUAUGGCGAGGACUACGACGAGUUCCAAGGAGUGCCUCCGUUUUGCGACGGGGAAAGCGAAGACGACAUGGACGAGAUUGAGGCGCGGAACAGCGCCCGUCUGCCCCCGCGGCCGCUCAUCAUGACCGAAAUCGAGUGA